CCCGAACAAGCUGAGUUAUACUCAACACGGUUCACCUGCAUUCCAUUGCGUCGCGCUCUCUCUACGUUUCACCCUUCUCUGUUCUCUGUGUCUCUGAGAGAGAGAAGGAACCUAACCCUAACCCCCAAAUUUCUAGGGUUUUUUCUUCAUCGCUCAUUCAUAGAAUCGCAAUAAUGUCUCAGAACGGUAAAUUGAUGCCGAAUCUAGACCAACAAAGCACCAAGCUUCUUAAUCUCACCGUUCUUCAACGGAUUGAUCCUUUCGUUGAGGAGAUUCUCAUUACCGCUGCUCAUGUUACCUUCUAUGAGUUUAACAUCGAUCUCAGCCAAUGGAGUCGCAAGGAUGUUGAAGGAUCCCUCUUUGUUGUUAAAAGAAAUAUGCAACCACGAUUUCAGUUUAUUGUGAUGAACCGUCGCAAUACUGAAAAUUUGGUGGAAAACCUCCUGGGGGAUUUCGAGUAUGAAGUCCAGGUUCCAUAUCUAUUGUAUAGAAAUGCUGCUCAAGAAGUGAAUGGUAUUUGGUUCUAUAAUGCCCGUGAAUGUGAAGAGAUUGCAAAUCUUUUUAGCAGGAUCCUUAAUGCAUAUACCAAGGUGCCGACGAAGUCAAUGGUGUCUACUACAAAGAGUGAGUUUGAGGAACUGGAAGCAGUACCAACUAUGGCAGUCAUGGAUGGUCCUCUGGAGCCAUCAUCAUCAACUACUUCCAAUGUAGCUGAUGCUCCUGAUGAUCCAUCCUUUGUAAAUUUCUUCAGUGCAGCUAUGGCUAUCGGAAAUACUUCAAAUGCUCCAAUCACAGGACAACCUUAUCAGUCUUCUGCCACAGUUUCUUCUUCUGGGCUAACUCAUGCUGCUACACCCGCUCUGCCAACCUUGCAGAUACCAACUCUUUCAACAUCUCCUUAUAUUCCCCAGCAUGAUGCUCCAGAGUCCAUCAACAUCAGCAGCCGGGCCACAAAUCUGGUGAAGCCUUCUUUUUUUGUCCCUCCCCCUUCUUCUGCAUCAAUGAUGUUACCCCCUGUAUCUUCAUCCGUACCUACUGCUCCUCCUCUUCAUCCUACUGGUACAGUACAGCGUCCUUAUGGUACUCCAAUGCUACAGCCAUUUCCGCCUCCGACUCCACCAGCUUCACUAACUCCUGCUUCUUCUCCCUUUCCAAACUAUGCUCCAGUUAUUUCUAGAGAAAAGGUCCGGGAUGCUCUUCUGGUGCUCGUUCAGGACAAUCAGUUCAUUGAUAUGGUUUAUAGAGCGCUGCUGAAUGCUCAUCAAUAAUGACUUUCAAGAGGUGUUUAAUUCUGGAGAAAUUCUUUUAUGGGCUGAAUUACAUUUUCUAUAAGUUUUAGGCCAGGCUUUAAAAAUCAUGUCCUAAACUUUUAAAUCUUUCAGUCAUAACAAUAACAAUUUGUAAAAUCGAUUCUGCAUUGUGGCUACCAUUUUGAUCUUGCUAGUUUCCUGAGUGUCAUAAUUCAGUUUGCUACAGGCAGGAAAUGACGAAGAUCUGGAUGAGUAGUUAUAGCAAUACAUAAUUGAUUUCACAAAUCAUUAUGUGGAUUGAUUGAAACUGAUCUCAAGGCUAUAGGGGUGGUAAGGUUGUUAUUAAGUCUUGUUUAUUGUGUACUUUAUUAAAUUGUUAUAUGGUAAGACGAUUUUGCAUAGCAUCUUUUGUUAGCUUUUUCAUUGAACAUGUACUCUGCUGUAUAAUGCAAGUAGAUAGUUAGCCUCUUUGUUAA